AUGCCUGAACAACCCCAAAGCAAACUCAGCUUCCUCCGCAAGAUAUACACCCCCCUCCACUUCAACCACUGGUACACCUUCACCCUGUUCUUCAUCACCGCCGGCGCAUUGAUGGGCUUCACCCUCUCCCGCCUCAUGUUCCUCAGCGUCGACAACGUAUUCUGCAAUCCCUCACAGCGCGGUGGUGCCGCCCCCGGCGAAUGCUACUACUACUCCGGCCAGGGCGGCCAACGCUACCGCACCGGCAUCAUCAUCCACCUCGCGACUAUCCUCCCCGCCGGCUUCCUCGUAUGCUUCCAGUUCGUACCUGUUAUCCGACACAAGGCGCUGCUGUUCCACCGGGUGAGCGGAUACACGAUUCUGAUAUUGAGUCUCGUGAGCACAGCAGGUGUGUUUAUGAUUGUGGAUAAGAGUUUCGGAGGCGACUGGGCAACGCAGACGGUGACGGGGGUCGCGGGCGGUAUGUUCGUGGGUGCAUUGGCGAUUGCGUACGUGAAUGUGAAGAUGUUGAGGCUGGAUCAGCAUCGGGCGUGGAUGCUACGAGCUUGGAGCUACGCUGCGUCUAUUAUUUCGCUAAGACUUAUUAUGAUGAUUCCGCAAACGAUUGAAAGUGCGCAUGGUUACGCUGCUAGACCGUGUGAUCAGAUUGACUUUGUUUUUGGACAUCAACAGAAUAUUACGUUGUUGGUGUAUCCCGAGUGCAAGGCGUACUAUACAGGCGAGAAUCCCGAUCAACAUGCGCUCGUGGAAGCGAAAAUGGGCAUUAAUCCGGUUGAAAUUGGAGCGUUUCUCGGCUUGUCAUUCGGGAUGGGGUUUUGCGUGGCUCUGCCGCUGCAUGCUCUUGUUGUUGAGGUUUAUUUGCAUUUUACAAAGGCAGAAGCAGAGCGACUAAGGGAAGUUUCUCGUCAGAGGAGGAUUGAUGCCAAGGCGAAGCAGGGAAGGGCAUAA